AUGGCUCAGAGAGGAGUUUGUCUGGAGGAAUUCUCCUGCUCCAUCUGUUUGGAUCUGCUGAAGAAUCCGGUGACGAUUCCCUGUGGACACAGCUUCUGUAAGAACUGCAUUAAAAACUACUGGGAUGAAGAUAGUCAGAGGAGAAUCCACACCUGCCCUCAGUGCAGGAAAAUGUUCAGAUUUAGGCCUGUCCUUGUGAAAAACAUCAUGCUAGCAGCACUAAUGGACAAUCUGAAGAAGACUAGACUCCAAGCUGCUCCUGCUGAUCACUGCUAUGCUGGACCUGAAGAUGUGGCCUGUGAUGUCUGCACUGGGAGGAAGAUGAAAGCUGUCAAGUCCUGUUUAUCUUGCCUGGCUCCACCAUUAAAGAACCACAAGCUGGUGAAUCCCUCCAAGAGUCGACAACAAAUCCAGCAGAGAAUCCAGGACCAAGAGAAAGAUGUGAAGCUGCUUCAACAGGAGGUGGAGGCCAUCAAUGUCUCUGCUGAUAAAGCAGUGGAGGACAGUGAGAAGAUCUUCACUGAGCUGAUCCGUCUCCUCCAGAAAAGAAGCUCUGAGGUGAAGCAGCAGAUCAGAUCCCAGCAGGAAACUGAAGUGAGUCGAGUCAAAGAUGUUCAGGAGAAGCUGGAGCAGGAGAUCACUGAGCUGAAGAGGAAAGACGCUGAGCUGGAGCAGCUCUCACACACAGAGGAUCACAACCAGUUUCUCCUCAACUACCCCUCACUGUCGGCACUCAGUGAGUCGACACACUCAUCCAGCAUCAACAUCCGUCCUCUGAGACACUUUGAGGACGUGACAGCAGCUGUGUCAGAGCUCAGAGACAAACUACAGGACGUCCUGAGAGACACAUGGACAAACAUCUCACCAAAACUCACUGAGGUUGAGGGUUCACUGACAGAACCAGAACCAAAGACCAGAACUGAAUUCCUAAAAUAUUCACAAGAAAUCACUCUGGAUCGAAACACAGCAAACAGAUUUCUGUUAUUGUCUAAGGGGAACAGAAAAGUAACGAGGGUAGAAGAACAACGGUUUUAUCCUGAUCAUCCAGACAGAUUCGCUGGUUGUUGUCAAGUCCUGAGCAGAGAGAGUCUGACUGGACGUUGUUACUGGGAGAUGGAGUGGAGCGGAGGAGGAGUUGAAGUCGUAGUUUCAAAUAAAAACAUCGGCAGAGCAGGGAGUUCAAAUGAAUGUGAGUUUGGAUUCAAUGGCAAAUCUUGGUCAUUAAAUUGUACCACAGACAGUUACACUUUUUAUCAUAACCUUGUUAAAACUCCAGUACCAGGUCCAGUUUCCUCCAGAAUAGGAGUGUACCUGGACCACAGAGCAGGUAUUCUGUGUUUCUACAGCGUCUCUGGUACCACGACUCUCCUCCACAGAGUCCAGACCAGAUUCACUCAGCCUCUACAUGCUGGGGUUGGACUCUUCUCCUUAUUUUCGUAUAAUGGUGGAGCGACUGCUGAGUUUGUUAACGUGAAAUAG